AUGGCACCCCCUGCACCCCUGCCAACUACGCCCGUGGUUGCAACUUCCAACACAAUUUCUGAGCAGCUGAAAAAGACGCUCAAAGUAGUUUAUAAAACUUAGUUUUGGCACACACUUCUGAACUGCAUUUCUGUGCACUUCUGUAAGGUUAGCUUCACAUUUUCAGAUUUAAAGAAGAAGAAAAACAGUUCUUCGUAGCUGACUAUCCUGUAGAAAACUGGAGGAUAGAAAAUAAGUAUCAAAACAAGGCAAAGACGGUAACUUGAAAUCAUUAUGGGAAGAUAAAUACUAGUGUUUUUUUGUUUUACUAACCACAGUGCAAAGAAAAAAACUCUUUUUGGUUCAAGCUCUGCUGAAACUUUCUCCGACCGCACCACAUCUUCUGUUUCGAGCUGCAUAUCUAAAGUUGUCUCCAAAUUAAUUUCUCUUAACUUUCACCACAGUGUUGUCUUUGCAGCGUGAGCACCAUCUACCUGGGUGGCCGUUGCACCUGCGUGCCUCGGCAGGCUACGCAGUUAAUGAAGGCAUUCCCAAAGCAUGCGCGGCACGGAGAGCUCAGCUCUACAUCUGGAGCCUUCUCCUCCUCUCGGCUGUUUGGGUGAGAGCGUCACAGUCAAAGUCUCCCCCUAUAAGCUUGCUGGCUGGAUGAUACCUACUGUGUUUUGGCCGCUGGUUAUCGAGGAGACGGGAGAUAAGGACUGACUGCAGCGGUUGCUGUUGGUCGGAGAGCCUUCUGACUGAACUUGCGAGGAGAGGAGAAGAGAGAGAGAGAGUGAGGGAGCUGUGCGCUCUCUUCCCGGCAGAGUGCGUCCCGAUCCACACACACACAAACGCAGAGCCAUAUACACGCUCAACUCGUCGGGGUCACUCUUCUCUCAGCUAGUGGGGCUGUUUGCAGUGGAUAUAGCACAUGAGCGAAGUGAGGGACGCCGACUGACCUGUCUUACCUGUGCACCUUCCUCGUGCGUCAAAGGAACUCCACUGGUUGUUUCCUCCGCGGUGCUUCUGGGUUACGGAGACAAGAUAACAAGCAGCGUGGGCGCGUAA